UUCGCUCCAAAAUCCAUCAAGUAUCACAUCUCUUCCCUUUCCUUCCUCCUUAGAGUUCUCAAGAAGAAGAAGAAGAAGGUAUUAGAAGAUGAGAGGAGGUUGUACAGUGCAACAAGCACUGACACCAGAAGCAGCAACAGUGGUGAUGCAAGCAGUAAGCCUGGCGCAGCAGCGAGGGCAUGCGCAGGUGACGCCGCUGCAUGUGGCUAACAUCAUGCUCUCUUCCUCCACCGGCCUCCUGCGAGUGGCCUGCCUCCAGUCCCACUCCCAUCCUCUCCGCUGCAAAGCCCUCGAGCUCUGCUUCAACGUCGCGCUCAACCGUCUCCCCACCUCCUCCUCCUCAGGCUCGAUUCUAAGCUCCUACCCACACCACCACCACCACCACCCUGCCCUGUCCAAUGCCCUGGUGGCUGCUUUUAAGAGAGCUCAGGCCCACCAGCGCCGGGGAUCCGUCGAGAUCCAGCAACAGCCGCUGCUCGUCGUCAAGAUAGAGCUGCAGCAGCUCAUCAUCUCCAUCUUAGACGACCCCAGCGUCAGCAGAGUCAUGAGGGAGGCUGGCUUCUCAAGUACCCAAGUGAAGAGCAACGUGGAGCAAGCUAUAUCUGUAGAGAAUAGUGUCCCAAGUUCUGGGCCUUACAAACCCCCCGGCAACGACUACGCUCUCUCACCAUUAGCAAAGAAAUCAAGGUCUUCCGAUGAAGUGAGGAACGAGGAAGUCGACAGUGUCAUGGAGUCCUUGGUGAGAGGGAGGAAGAAGAGUGUUGUGAUCGUAGGGGAGUGCAAGGCCACCUGUGAGUCUGUCGUCAGAAGGAUAAUGGAAAGAGUUGAGAACGGGGACGUGCCUGAGGCUUUGAGGGCUCUCCACUUCAGAAACCUCUCGCUGACUUCCUAUGGGCAGUUAUCAAGGGAAGAGGUCGAGGAGAGAAUUAGAGAACUGAGGCGCCUCGUGAAGGGAAGAAGCACUGUUCUUUACUUGGGAGAUUUGAAGUGCACAACCGACUUUAAGAUUAGUCGUGGGGAGAAGGAAGGAAACCCGUACUGCCCCUUGGAGCAUGCGAUCAUGGAGCUUGGCAGGUUGGCCUCCAAUGGCGUCGAGGGGGAUUGUGGUGGUGGGAGAACAUGGCUUUUGGGGAUUGCCACAUACCAGACUUACAUGACUUGCAUCUCCGGGCUUCCUUCUUUGGGAACUCUCUGGGAUGUCCAGCCUUUGUUUGUUCCUGGUGGUGGAAGCUUGGAGUUAAGCCUCAGCUUCGACAGGUUCAGUGGCGUCGAAAGGCAAUCGAGGAGCAAGGAACUUGGAGUGGGACCUUGUUGGCAAUUAGAAGAAGAUCGAAGCAGGAAAAAGAAUGCUGGUAAUUGUGCUGAUUGCUGCAGCACAUUUCAAGGACCAAAAGACCUUGUCAGCGGUGGACAUGGUACGAUGGCCUCAAGUCUGCCUUCAUGGCUUCGACGGUUUGAAGAGAGAGGAAGCACAUCAAGUGAUAGCCCGGACUCUCUCCAGCUUUAUGGCCUAUCCAAGAAGUGGAACACCAUGUGCAACUCAGUGCAGAAGCUCCAUUGUCACCACCCCAGGAAAGCACAGUUCUUGUCAUGGAGUUCUCCGUCUUCUUCCUUGCACCAUACUCCUCAAGAUUGGCCAGUCACAGGGAACAACAAGGACUCCUCCUCAGAAUUCCACUUUUGGUUACCUGGAAACGCCCAUAAAGAUGAUGAGGAGCAACUGCUGCCAUCCACUAGUGGCAAACACUACCCUACCAUUGAUUCCAUGGAAGUGGAAUAUACCUCGAGGUUCAAGGAGCUGAAUGCUGAGAAUCUAAAGACAUUGUGCAGUGCAUUGGAGGAGCAGGUGCCAUGGCAGAAGGACAUCAUCUCUGACAUAGCAAGCACUAUUCUGCAAUGCCGAUCGGGGAUGCUGAGGAGGAAGGAGAGACUGCAAUCACAGGGGACCAAGCAAGAGACAUGGCUGUUCUUCCAAGGUAGCGACUUCGAAGGCAAAGUAAAGAUCGCAAUGGAGGUCGGCAGACUAGUUUUUGGCUCGUUUACUGACUUCAUUUCGAUCGGUCCGUGCACUCUCUCAUCAAGAUCUGAUUCCGAAGCAAGCCGUAGCUAUUUCGAGAGGUUUGGAGAAGCAGUCAGAGACAAUCCUCACAGAGUUAUCCUAAUGGAAGACGUGGAGCAAGCAGACGAGCACUCACGAGAAGGGAUUAAGAACGCGAUACGACGAGGGAGAAUUCUGAGCUGCAGCUCGGAGGAGGAGGUCAGUGUAAGCGAUGCCAUCAUCAUCUUCACCAGCGUAAGCCAUGGCUCAAGAUCGAGUGCAUGCUCUCCUACAGCUAAGCCAAGAUUGGAUGAGCUUGUAGAGGAAGGAGAGGAUUCGAAGCACACAGAAUCCUUUGUUCUAGAUUUGAAUCUUUCUGCCACUGAUGACACGGAGGAUUGGUCAUCUGAUGGUGUGAGGCUUUCCGAAAUAGUCGACAGAACAUUCCUCUUGAAGCUGCCACAAAGCAUUUGAUGCCAUGCAGUGGGCAUUUCGUGUGUGUGGGUGAGGAAACAUCCGUCUCUUUUGUAUGGUGUAGCUUGAUUUGAACGCAUAGAAGUAAAACAUCUACAUUUCGACU